UCCUACUGGAAUACACACUGGAAUGACACUGGAAUGCCGCCGGAUUUCCGACUGGCCGCCCGGAAGCGGCUCCUCCCGUGACUCCCAGCGCGGCAGGACCGCCUCCCGCUUCCAGCCGGCACAUCCUGCCUGGCCUCGCCUCCCCUCGCCCGCCCCGAUCCAUCCCGGCCCGCCCCGAUCCCACGCGAUCCUCCCUCCUGCCCGGGAACCAUGCCCAAGAAAGGAGGGAAGCAUGCUGAAAUGGGAAAAGAAACACAGGCACAGUGUAAACGAGCAAAGCUGGAAGCAGCUUGUUCUCCCUCAGUCCUGAGUUUUGAGAACCCAGACAGCCUCUUCGGGAGCUUGGUCUCCCCCAUCAAAGAAGAGGUGUUUUUCAAGGAGUACUGGGAGCAAAAGCCACUGCUUGUCCAGAGCAAUGAUCCCCUGGUGGCUGCUUACUGCCUGUCCCUGUUCCAGCUGUCAGACUUGAAGGAGCUGUGCAGCCAGGGCCUGUACUAUGGGCGAGAUGUGAAUAUCUGCAGGUGUGUGAAUGGAAAGAAGAAGGUUUUAAAUAAAGAAGGCAGAGUGAAUUACAUGCAGCUGAAGAAGGAUUUUGACCAGAAAAAGGCAACAAUACAGUUUCAUCAGCCUCAGAGAUUUAAGGAGGAGCUGUGGAAGAUUCAGGAGAAGCUGGAGUGCUACUUUGGGUCUCUGGUGGGGUCCAAUGUUUACAUCACUCCCCAGGGAUCCCAGGGCCUUCCUCCUCACUAUGAUGAUGUUGAGGUGUUUAUCCUUCAGCUGGAAGGCGAGAAACACUGGCGGCUCUAUAAACCAACGGUGCCUUUAGCUCGGGAAUAUGAUGUGGAAUCAGAAGAUAGGAUUGGGAAUCCCACACAUGAGUUCAUAUUAAAGGUAUGAGAAUUUCAUUGCCUUAGGUGGUCUGGGCUGU